CUAGCAGGCAGGUUCAUCCGGUGAAGCUGUUGAUAAACGAUUUCAGUUGUUUUUUAUUACUGAGGCCGGUACAAAUUUUUAUUUAAAGAAAUGGACAAGGAUAAAUUAAUGGAAAAAGACCUCUAUGAACUGCUGGAAGUUCGACCAGACGUGGAUGCCCAGGAGAUAAAGAAAGCAUACAGGAAAAAAGCGCUGAAAUGCCAUCCGGACAAAAAUCCUGACAAUCCUCAUGCAGCCACACUUUUUCUCGAACUCUCAGUCGCAAUUGAAAUACUUCUAGGAGAAAAAUCAAGGCCAGUUUAUGAUAAACUGUACAAAGCCAGAAAAGCCGCUGUGAUCAGGAAUAAUUUGCUUGACGAGCGUAGGAAAAAGUUUAAAAGUGAUUUAGAAGAAAGGGAACGCCAAGCCCAAGCCAAAAGCGAAACGGCAAGCAAAAGUUCCUACCGUGACACUCUGAGCGAGAUAGAUAGACUUAGGAAAGAAGGGUCCAGGCAUCUUUUGGAAGAAAUGAACAAGCUGAACAAAGAGGUCGCUGAAAAAGAAGAAAGGCUUUUGAAUGUUUUGAGGCAGUCAAACACUUCGGAAUCAGUCAAUGCCAAAGUAGUCAAACCGAUACGGAUAAAAUUGAAAUGGGAAAACAACGAAAACAAAUUGUCGUACGACGAGGAAAGCCUUAAGAAAAUAUUUGCCAAGUAUGGAAAUGUUGACUAUCUCAUUAUGAACAAAAAAAAGAAAAACAGUGCCAUCAUUGAAUUAUCUCAGCCAAUAGAAGCAUCAUUUGUUAUAAAGUUGGAAUGUGGCUUUGCUGAAAAUCCUCUUAAAGUUGAUAUCAUCGGUGAGCCGGACCAGCCUACUUUCAGGGAAAUGCCUACUUGCCGGCCCAACUUAUUCCCUUCGAUGGGGGAAUCUUCUCAACAGCCCGUAUCAAGCUUCCCGGAUAUGGACUCUAAUCAUUCAGAUAUUCCAUCGUCCACAUCAGAAACCACUGAAGAUAUUGAUUACGAAGAAAGGAUACUUAACCGUUUAAGAGAGUUUGAACACAAUAAAAGAGCUAGAGAAGCAUCAACUUGAUUUUUAUUAUUAUUAAAACUUAAGUAUUUAUUGAUUACACUUCACCUAAAAAAUAUGUACCUUAUGCUAAACAAAUAAAUGUUUUUACAUUGUUA